AUGCUCGGCCUGCUCGCCCGUCCCGCGCGCGCGGCGUCGCUGCUGCAGCGCUGCGCCUCGUCGGCCGCCGCACCCGCCGCGCGCGGCCACGUCAAGAUCGUCGAGGUCUCGCCGCGCGACGGCCUGCAGAACGAGGCGCGCGUCGUGCCCACGGCCACCAAGCUCGAGCUCGUGCGCCGCCUCGUCGCCGCCGGCGCCACGUGCGUCGAGGCCGGCGCGUUUGUCAGCCCCAAGUGGGUGCCGCAGAUGGCAGACUCGCCGCAGAUCCUGCAGCAGAUCGCGCAGCAGCGCGGCGUCAGCUAUCCCUUCCUCGUGCCCAACGACAAGGGCCUCGCGGCGCUGCUCGACAUUGCCGGCCCGCGCGGCUCGGCGCCCGGCCAGACCGACGAGAUUGCCAUCUUCACCGCCGCCACCGACGCCUUUGCACGCGCCAACACCAACUGCUCCGUCGCCGAGUCGCUCGAGCGCCUCGCGCCCGUGACGCAGCGCGCGCUCGACGCCGGGCUGCGCGUGCGCGGCUACGUCAGCGUCGUCGGCGGCUGCCCGUACCAGGGCGACGUGGACCCGGCCCACGUCGGCGCCGUCGCCAAGGCGCUGCUCGACAUGGGCUGCUACGAGGUGAGCCUGGGCGACACCGUCGGCGUCGCGACGCCCGCGGCCAUGCUCGCCGUGCUCAACGAGUGCACGCGGCACGCGCCCGUCGAGCGCUUCGCCGCGCACUGCCACGACACGUUUGGCACGGGCCUCGCCAACGUGCUGGCCUGCGUCGACGCUGGCGUGCGCACCGUCGAUGCCGCCGUCGCCGGGCUGGGCGGCUGCCCGUACUCGCCGGGUGCGACGGGCAACAUCGACACCGAGUCGGUCGUGUAUGCGCUGCACGAGUCGGGCUACAGCACCGGCUUCGACCUGGCUGCGCUGGCACGCAUCGGCGGCUGGAUCUCUGAGGAGAUCGGGCGGCCAAACGGCAGCAGUGCGGGCCGCGCGCUGCUUGCGCGCGAAGCAAAGGCCCAGCGGGACGCGCAGAAGGAGACGCGUGCGAGGUUGUGA